GUGGCCGCAACACUAACAGUCUCUCCACCCCCGUGUCCAUUCCUUCCCAAUUCACUCUUCAUUUGUUUGCUUCAAAUGCCUGUUUCCUGAACCCCUGAAACCCUCUCUAAAGAUCUCCAUCUUCACAGGCACGCGCUACGCGUGUCACUAGAUAUAAACUGUUCGCUUGCAUUGAGGCUACAGCUUGCCAACAACACUCACAAUGCUCGCCGAGACAACAACCACGGCCAACUCAAUACCUCGGCGAGCAAACCAGGGCCGGAAUCUGAAGGCGAUGGGUGUCAGGUUCUAGGUUUAGGAGAAAUCGAACUGUGUGUGAGUAGGAGGAAGUUAGCAAGAGGCGGGUUGAAACAGCCAACGGCAAGUGAAGGUCGGCGUGGAUGGACAGAUCUACAAGUACUCUCAGAUGAAUUCAAUGGGCACUUUAUGAAAAGAGCAACUCAGUCAGCGUGGCAUUAUUCUCCUCGAAUCUUUAGUUCCUUCACAAUUGUUACUAAGUUUGGUUUCACGAAACAACAAUCCUGGCAUCAAGCAAGUAGAAUAUUCAAACCUGUCUAUGGCACGCACAACCCACGUUGUGAAUAGAUUGCUGCGAGAACAUGAUGUUUCUUUGGCACAACGUUUGAAGAGGAGUUUUGCAGUACACCGGGUUGUCGCACAUGAGAGUGCGUAGAAGGAGUCUGUCCUUUUCCUUGAACAGCAGUAUGUAUUGAGGCAGCAACAGCGAUGGAGUCCGCCGGUUCUCCUAUUCGUAGUCGUCAUGUCACCGGCGUCCGCCCUCCCGCCGAAUAUCCUCCUGGCACUGGAUUUGCAACCGGGCACAUAUCACUUGGUGAGGUUGAUGUGGUGCAAGUUGCAACGUUUGAGGAAGUAUGGAAUGCCCUCGAGGGUGGGGUAGCGAACAAGGGUGCCACCUUCUACAAACCAGUUGAUGUCCCAGUAGGGUAUAGUAUUUUAUCCCAUUAUGCGCAGAACAAUUCAAGAGCUAGAGCGGGUUGGGUUCUUGCUAUAAAAGAAACUGGCAGCCGGCCUGCACCGCCAUCGCCAUCACCACCAUCUUCCUCAUCGUCGUCUCCUUCGCCACCAUCGUCGCCACAUGCCUCCUCUGGCAGCCUAAAUCCGUUUACGAGUCUGAUGCUAACCUUGAAGAAAGGCGCAACUGACGUCGUCUCCUAUUCAUUGGUCGGGUUACCUCCAACCUCAACUGAUACUUCACUGAAGACUUCAACUGAUGUUUCACUGGAAGUAUCAGAGGAAGAUAUCAAUUCAUAUGCGCAGCUCGCUGUAAUUCCGAAUGUAGCUUUCACUGAAGAAGCUGAAGAAAACCUCGAUCCCUUCGCGGAUUAUGUUUUUGUCUCGAAUGCAACCGAAACCGAGACUGUGCAGCCAGGCACAAGUCCACAGAAAGACUCUUCAAAAUCUAUCGUGGAUUUUGUGUCAUCUCAUUUAUUUGCUGGCCCAGCUUUGAAAAGUCCUGUGGAUUAUAAGCUGAUCUGGGAGAGCUCUAAAUGGACUGGGAAGAAAAAUGGCAAUGGUUGGGUCUGGUUACCGAUUGCUCCUGAAGGAUACUCAGUUCUUGGAUAUAUAGUAACAAACACCGAGAAUAAACCUACGUUUUCAGAAGUGACUUGUGUACGCACUGAUCUCACGGAUAUUCUGGAAAUUGAUAGCAAAUUCUUCACCACAAGCGGCACAAGCAGACAAGAGAUUGGUUUCCCUUUCAGCGUGUGGACCACGAGACCUGCUGUUAGAGGAGUGAGCGCAGCAGGUGUCAAUGUCGGCAGCUUCUUCUGUGACCGAUCUGAUCAAGCAGAGACUUCUCUUCCGAUUGCAUGCCUCAAAAAUGUAUUAUUCAAUCUGGGUUACUUGCCCACGAUGGCACAAGUAAACUCUAUACAACAGUUUUUUGGACCCAGUGUGAUCUUUCAUCCGACCGAGCAGUUUCUGCCUAGUUCCGUUGCCUGGUUCUUUGACUCGGGAGCAAUGUUGUACACGAAAGACUCUACUAUUCCUCCUGUUCGUGUUAACAGUGAUGGUUCAAAUCUGCCUCAGGGAGGGACUAAUGAUGGUGCUUUCUGGAUAGAUCUUCCUAAAGAUGGAAGUAGAGAUACAGUGAAGAAAGGGAACUUGGAGACUGCGAAGGUGCAUAUUCAUCUCAAACCAGUUUACGGAGCUACUUAUACUGAUCUUCAAAGCUGGUUGUUUUGUCCUUUCAACGGACCAAGUACUGCUAAGGUGGGAAAGGUGAACAUUCCUCUGGGACGUCUCGGAGAGCAUGUGGGUGACUGGGAGCAUUAUACGUUGAGGGUUAGCAACUUCACUGGAGAAAUGGAAGCAAUUUAUUUUUCUCAGCACAGCAAGGGUCAGUGGGUGAAUAUCUGGGACCUCGAAUUUGACGCUGUCAACAAGCCCCUCGUGUAUGUUGCCAAAAACGGCCACCCUUGUUAUCCUCACCAAGGGGAUCACCUUCAAGGAGAUGAGAGUCGUGGAGUUGGACUGCGGAAUGACACAGCUCUUAGCACUAUAGUGCUCAACUCCUCAGUGAAAUUUCAGGUGUUCUCCGCCGACUACAUGCAUCAAAGGGGUGAUAAAGAUGCACCUGAAGAACCAGCCUGGCUACAGUACAUGCGAGAGUGGGGUCCCAAAAUUGAGUAUGACAAAAAAAAGUAUCUCGAUAAAUUUUUGAAGUUCCUGCCUUCAAAACUCCGUAACUCUCUGGAAGAAAUUUUAGACAAGCUUCCCAGCGAGGUCAUGGGUGAAGAAGGUCCUACAGGACCAAAAGAGAAGAACAUGUGGUUUGGCGACGAGAGAAUUUAGUGAUACACAUGUUGUGAAGACAGGACUGGUUCGCAGCGGGGUUCACCUAAAGAUCCUCGGUAGAUGAUUUUAGAAUCUGACAAUUUAAGCACAAUUUUUUUCAACUCGCUGUUGCUUUACACUCUAUUCUGAAUGUAUAGUCUGAUCUAGAGAAUUGCGUUCGGAUCGCCAGCAAUUCUUUACACUGUCAAAGUUUACAUUACUAUACUGUGCUAUUUACAGCAAUGACAAGCAGGGAUUAAUGCUCAUUGCAAAUUACCAGUUUGAACUUGUGCCAGCAGCUUGUGCUGCCAUCCUGGCAUUAUUCAAGGUGAUACCUUCUAUGUCCAGGCCUUUUACUGAAACAAUUCUAGCUGCAUUCUGUACAGAGCGAUCCCUCAGGGUGGGGAAUCGCCCGCAUGUAAAUCAAUCAAGCCAGAGCUCUCUUUUUUGAGUAAGUUUCUGCAUUUUGUA